GCGCUUUCCCUCCCUCGAUGCCUCCUCCUCCUUCCCACCUCCUAACUCUGUCCAAAAAUUUUCUCUGAAUUUCUCCGCUGAAAUCCAAAAAAUCCUAAUUUGUUUUCAGUUCAUAACUGAACUCUGAUUUAUCGUGGGUCGUAAAAAAAAAAAAAAAUCCUCUCUUUUCUUCUCUGAAUCUCAUUUUUCUGUUGUUGGUUUACAUUCGAUUCGAUAGCUUUUUAGUCUCUGUAGGUGAGUUUCAGAGUUGAAGUAAAAAGCUCUGUUUUUUUAUCUCUGUUUCAAUGGUCAGAUAUGAUUUUUGGUUCUGGGUUUGAGUUUUGUAGGAUGUAUUGAUUGUUGGGUGGGAUUUCUGAUUUUUUAUGAGAGUCGCUUUGGAACUGAUGAAGAAAGUUUUCCUAAAAAAUCAAAAGACUAUUCUCUGUUUUUUAGCUGUGUUAUCUGUUUCUCUCUGGAUUUUCUUAUUGUAUUCCCAUUUUCUGAUUCUAAGGAGCAGUUCAGGUAAGGACUUGGUGAAUCUAUUAGAUAAUGGUCAAUUUGUUAACAUUUCAUUCACUCCUACACAUGUGUCAACCCCUGCCCAUGACACCCCUCCUUCUCAUCUACCCUCCCCUGACAAUUUGUCAACCCCUGCCCCUGAAACCGCUCCUUCUACUAUACCCUCCCCUGCCAACGGGUCCACCCCUGCUCAUUCCAGCAAAAGGGACACAUUCAAACCUGUUACUUACCCAUUUAUGAGAGCAUUGAGGACUGUUGAAAACAAGAGUGAUCCAUGUGGGGGAAGGUACAUCUAUGUGCAUGAUCUUCCCUCAAGGUUUAAUGAGGAUAUGCUCAAGGAUUGUAAGAGCUUAAGUCUUUGGACCGAUAUGUGUAAGUUCAUCACUAAUUCCGGCCUUGGUCCUCCACUGGAGAAUGUAGAGGGGGUGUUCUCGGAUAUUGGUUGGUAUGCAACUAAUCAAUUUGCAGUGGAUGUGAUAUUCAGUAAUCGCAUGAAGCAGUACAAGUGCUUGACUAAUGAUUCUUCAAUUGCUGCCGCAAUUUUUGUUCCAUUCUAUGCUGGUUUUGAUAUCGCAAGGUACCUUUGGGGGUACAACAUCUCGAUGAGGGAUGCUUCUUCCCUUGAUUUGGUUGAUUGGCUGAUGAAGAGGCCGGAGUGGGGUAUUAUGGGAGGGAAGGAUCAUUUUCUGGUGGCAGGAAGGAUUGCAUGGGAUUUCAGGAGACUUUCUGACGAAGAAACUGAUUGGGGUAACAAACUUUUCCUCUUACCAGCUGGGAGGAAUAUGUCAAUGCUAGUGAUUGAAUCCAGCCCUUGGCAUUCAAAUGAUUUCGCCAUCCCUUAUCCAACCUACUUCCAUCCUGCAAAGGAUGCUGAAGUGUUCACAUGGCAAGAUCGGAUGAGAAACUUGGAGAGAAAGUGGCUGUUCUCUUUCGCUGGUGCACCACGGCCUAACAAGCCUGAAUCAAUAAGAUCACAAAUCAUCAAUCAGUGCAAGAACUGUACGGUGUGUAAGUUCUUGGAAUGUGGUUUAGGGGAGAAAAGCAAUUGUCACUCUCCAAGAAGUAUUAUGCAAAUGUUUCAGAGCUCCUCCUUUUGCCUACAGCCUCAAGGAGAUUCAUACACACGGCGUUCUGCGUUUGACUCAAUAUUGGCAGGUUGUGUUCCUGUCUUCUUCCAUCCUGGUACAGCAUAUAUACAGUAUACUUGGCACCUACCAAAGAAUUACACCACAUAUUCAGUGUUCAUCCCAGAAGAUGAUAUCCGUAGGAAUGUUAGCAUAGAGGAGAGGCUUAGCCAAAUAUCUCCUGAGCAAGUGAAGAUCAUGAGGGAGACGGUUAUAAGCCUCAUUCCAAGGAUUAUAUAUGCGGAUCCUCGCUCGAAAUUGGAGACAAUUGAGGAUGCUUUUGAUGUUGCAGUGAAAGCUGUCAUCGAUAGAAUCACAAGGUUGAGAAAGAACAUUGUUGAAGGUCAUACAGAAUAUGAUAACUUCAGGGAGGAGUACAGUUGGAAGUAUGUUUUGUUAGAUGAAGGACAACGGAAGGUUGGAGCUCAUGAAUGGGAUCCUUUCUUCUCGUUCCAAAAGGAUAAGCAGAAAGAUGAUGAAUCUUCAGAAGCUGCGAAGAACCCUAGGAAGAACGAGCGGAGAGAUCAAUUAUAGCAGUAGAAGUUGGUAGGUUGCAGGUUGUGCAUUCAUUACAUAAAUUGCCAAUAAGCUUAUCAAGCUUGGGUUUAUCUAAAGAUUAACCCAGAUAUUAUGAUUCAAAUAUAGGUCUUUACACAGA